AUGAGGACCCUUGCGUUGAUCUGCAUGCUCGGAUCGAUGACCUCGGCUUCGUUCCUUCCCACCACCACGCCCGCUCCUUUGACCACGCCUCCACCGGGACGCGCUCAGGGCGGUGCAAUCAUCCUUCAGAACCAGAACAAACUUGUAGACCAAUCUGUCCCAGUGCCAGUCGCCGUCCCGGUCGCAGUGGCGGCUCCAGCCCCAGUGACCGCCGCUCCUCUGCCACCCCCGCUCCCCACGACGACCCCUCCUCCUCCGCCUCCACCGACUGCUCCAGUCGUCGUGCCUGUGGUCCCCGUCGCGGCAGCGCCCGUCUUACCUGUGGCCCCUGCGCCAGCUCCCGUGUUGCCCAUUGUUCCUGUUGCACCGGCUCCUGUGAUACCCGUGGCCCCAGCCGUCGUCCCGGCUGUCCCGGUCGCACCGGUUGUCGUCCCGGCAGUUACAGUUGUCAAGGAGCCCGUCAUAGAGGACGUUCAGAUUGCGGGUGUGAUACACUGA